AGAUACUAAAUAAUGCAUAUUGACUUUAUGGGUGUUAAUACUGACAAAAGGUAAUUUUGGAUUUUAGGAGCUCCGAAAUGCUCACAGUGAACAGCUCAUGGGAAUCCGCCGGGAAGAGGAGAUGGAAAUGUCCGAUGAUGACAGUGGUGACAAUCCCAGUAAAAAGCUGAGAGUAGAUGAUUCAGCUCUAGCCGCCCAAGCAUACGCGCUAAAGGAAGAGAACGAUAGUCUUCGAUGGCAGCUGGAUGCUUAUAGGAACGAAGUGGAGCUCCUGAAGCAGGAGAAAGGACAGCUCUUUCGAACAGAAGAAAGCCUUACAAAGGACCAGCAGCUGCAGUUCCUACAGCAGACAAUGCAAGGCAUGCAGCAGCAAUUGCUGAGCAUACAGGAAGAAUUAAAUAACAAAAAAUCCGAACUGGAGCAAGCAAAGGAAGAGCAAACGCAUACACAAGCGAUGCUUAAAGUCCUGCAGGAACAGUUAAAAAGCGCCAAGGAAUUAGCAGAAAUCAAUGGGCAUGAUGAAUCUCAAGCAAAUGAAAUCAAUGUAUUGACAGUAGCAUUGGUCAACCAGGACAGAGAAAAAAACUCAGAGAAACGAAGCCCCGGUCUAAAAUCAGAGAAAGAGGCACUAUUAAUAGGUAUCAUAUCCACAUUUCUUCACGUCCACCCUUUUGGAGCCAAUAUAGAGUAUCUUUGGUCUUAUAUGCAGCAGUUGGACUCUAGGAUCUCCGCAAAUGAGAUAGAAAUGCUUUUGAUGAGACUGCCACACAUGUUUAAACAAGAAUUCACUGGUGUAGGAGCAACACUGGAAAAGAGGUGGAAGUUUUGUGCCUUUGAAGGAAUUAAAACUGUCUGACUGUGACUAGUAAUGAAGCUAUGCAGAAGAAGAAGAAUUCCUAGAGCAUGGCAGGGUUAUAAAGUAUUAAAGUAAGAAAUUUGGGUUUGGGCACCUAGUAGUAUGUUUUCAAAGUUAUCCAAGCCUAAUUUUAGUUACAUUUGUGACGUUCUCUUGUGAGUGGAAAUGUAGUUGUGCACCAGUUCCUAAAAUAAAAUAAAAUUUUUUAAAAAGUUUCAAAAUGUGACAGAUUGUUUCCUAUGAAAACUGAAGAAAGAUACCACAGUCAUAAUGAUUUCAAAAUACUACAUGUCCUACAUCUAAGAAAAGCUCAUUGAGCAAACAGUUAAGGAGAAGGAUUGCCCAGUUAUGGUCGCUAAGCUACAGCAAUUUAUAUGUAAUAUGUAGUAGAACUCAUUAAGUUUUGUUAUAGGAAGUUCUUUCUGUUUAGUAAGAGAAUUGAGUAAUUUUACAGUGAGGAGAAGCAUACCAAAAGAAAACUUGAAGAUGUGUCUGAAGUUAUUGUAUUUUGUAAAUUAAGUUAUAUGCUGUACCAGGGAUUUUUGCCUUAUUGAAAGAGGCCUGAAAAUGUGAUUGGAGUCCUCAAGAAUGCUUUAUCAAGAAUAUUAUUUUUCUAAUGUAACUAUUCUCCAUUACAAGUUCUUUUAACAUGGAUUGCAUAUCAAUUUUCAUAAACAUGUAAAUAAGGAGGAAACCAGUGUUACUGUAUUGUAUUUGGUAUGUAACAUUCAGGUUUAUGCAUCAAAAUAAAUAUUCAGUUGCAUUACUGUUACAAAUUUUAUAGCAGAUAUAUUAAUUUUUAUCAAUAAAUAUGACUUCUACCA